AUGAUGACCUCAUCUAGACCCCGCGCCGAUGUUGGUGGCAGCUUUGCGAGUCGACGCGGUCAUGCGAGCCAGCUGUCAAUUUCAGACCCCAGCCACCAUGUGACCGAGACCAUUGGAACCCUAUACGGCGACGAGGAGUACGACAGCGAUGGCCGACCCAUCAGCUACCUUGGCCAGUCCUACACCGACCAGCUGAACAACAAAUUCGAAUCCGAUCACCCCGACGAGGAUCCUCGUAGGCAGAUGAUCCGUUCGGCUUCGGACAAGACAGGAGGCUUGGGCAUGGCACAAAAUGGCUCGACGACUCUCAAACAUUCGCAGACUUUGCCAACGCGGUCGCCUAGCCAGCGAAGCAUGUCCUUCGAGAACGGUCCUAAAUCGCCGCCAAUCUCCCUACGAGAUGUCAAGAACGAGUCCUCUCAAUUUCCUCUAGGCAGCAUCGAGAACCCGAACGACAUUGCGCAGGAACUCAACAACUUGCAAGCCCUGCGGCGCAUGUCUAUGGACGUCGGGAACAAUGCUGACCCUGAUAUGCUACCCUUUUCUGGCUUGUCCCUCGUCGCCAUGCCUCCUAUCGCACCAACAGGGGAUGACGACGAAAAUGACCCCUCGAGGUUACUCUGGGUCCCUGCGGCAGUCCAUCCCGAGCUGGCGCCGACCGAAUUCAAGACCUUCUUGGAGGAUCGUGUCAAGACUAUCCGGCGACGGUCCGGCGACUCCAGCGAUGGUGGUAUGGGCCGAAGCGAUUCUGGCGGCGGCUUGCGAAGGAAGAAGAGCAUGCUCUCACGGCAAAUCGACAAUUCUGGGGGAAGAGGCGCCGUUGGUUACAUAGACGGCGCUGAGAGACUCGGACGGAAGAGCUCGCUCAGAGAUUAUUCGACCCCUGAGCUCAAUCUGAACGAACUAGUCAAGGACCCGUCCAAGGUGGUUCGCGAGCUUUCCGAAGGUGCUCAACCGGAGGCUAGCGCUGAAGAUUUGCCUAUCUUGCCUGUAGCUCCCGGCAUGGGACUUCGUCGGUCAACCCGAACAACAUACCGAAAGAACGGCAGCGUACGCUCAGAUCGGCUGCCAUUCUCCAAGCGAGUCGCCAAUCGGCAUGGCCACACGGAUUCCUCUGACUCUGCCGAUACAGUCCCUCCUCUGCCAUCUGACAUCCCUGACGUGCCCCCGUUGCCCACGCAGCAAAGACCUCAGUCAGAGCCAGUGUCAGAGAACUUCUCGCGUCCCAAUCGAUCGGUUCGACGCCAGCACAAGUUCUCUCAGGAUCUGGGCGCGACGUCCGACGGUGCUUCGUCCGAAAUCGAGGAGCCAGUCUCUCCCCUGAGCACACGUUCUGAGCAGCAACACCCAACGAGAACUUCUUCAGUCUCAGCUGACGCCAAGCCCCCGGUUCCUGCCAUUGUUGAGUCGCCAGCGACCGAUGAGCAGAGGCAGCAGUUUCCUCAGAGGUCCUCAUCCUCACAGCACGCUCCUUCACAACCGCUCAUGGAUGAGCCUCCCGCUCGGUCGAGCAAACGACCUGGUUCGGCCAACUCUGCGCCAAGCCCCACGACACCGACGGCCCCUCAACAGCCGCCACAGAUGCAGCAGCAGCAGCAGCCUAAGCAGCAGUCUAAUGCUCCUAAUCACACCUUGAACGAUAUGGCUUCUCACCCAUCUGUCUUACCUGGCAGUGGCGCAAAUCGAACCGAUACGUUGACUUUCAUCCCCACUCUACAGCCAGAGGAGAAGAAGCCAGAAGAAAAGAGGGUAGAAAAGAAACUGAGAAAGGAGAGAGAUGAUGAUGCUUCUAGUGUAUCCUCGAGCAAAUCUUCCGGCGGCUGGUCAAAGUGGCUCAAGGGUGGUAGCGAUGACAAGGACAAGAAGAAGAAGGAAGAGGAGAAGAGGAAAAAGCAGCAAGUCGCCGAGAAGGGGCAGGACAAUGCCCGUCUGGAUGUUCUCCAGAACUCGAUAGAGGGUGCAUCUUCCAAGGGAAGAGAAAGCAUCAUCGUGGACCGUGACAACGUCGACAACAAACUGGCUGAAGAGCGAAAGAAGGAGAGCAAGAAGUCGGAGGCCAAGAAGGAGAAGGAGGGUGGUCUCUUCUCAGGCCUCUUUGGCGGUGGCAAGAAGAAGAGCGAAAAGGAGAGCAGCAGCAAGAAGAACCAACAUCUCCGGGUAUCGGAGGAGGUGCCGUACCGCCCGCUCAAGGCUGACGUCGACUACCACUGGACCAGAUUCCCAUUGCUCGAAGAACGAGCGAUUUAUCGGAUGGCUCACAUUAAGCUCGCGAACCCGCGUCGCUCUCUGUUGAGUCAGGUUCUUCUCAGUAACUUCAUGUACAACUAUCUCGCCAUCGUCCAGGCCAUGCACCCGCAGAUGCAGGUCCCUCAGUCGCCGCAGCAAAGACGUCUGGAAGAGGAGCGUCGCCGCAAAGAACAGGAAGAGCAGUACUUGGCGCAGCAACAGCAGCAGCAACAACAAGAGGCGGGGGAGCAGGACUCGACGGGCCAGUACAACUUUGACUAUCACCGGGGCGAAAACCAGUACGGCGACCAUCCUCACGAUGAGGUGGACUACGUUGAUGAUGCUCAAAUUUACGAAUACGACCAUGGCGGCGACGUGGACAACGGACGCAGCAAUGGCUACCAAGGCCCUGACAGCUAUGACCCUCAGCCUGGCAAGCAGUAUUAUCACGACCAGUAUGGGCGUGACGGCAGCGGCGACGACGUAAGGCGCCGGGACGACCGAGAGGACAUGUGGUGA